GUUGGGAAAAUCAUCAAAGACCUUGUGUGCACUUUCUGCGCAGCCGCACUUGGAAUACGCGCCGAUGAGACCGUUAGCGAGGAAAGCGUCGAAGAAGAGUGCGGUUUUGAUAAGGUGACAGUGCACAGCAUUUCCAAGCGUCACCCUUCUAAUCGUUAUACACUUUGAAAUUAGGGAGAAGCAGUUUUCAAUGGAAACGACGUCGUUGGGGAGCAUGGUCGUGUUGCGUUCUCUGAAUCAAACUCAAAGCGCGAAUCAACUAAAAGGGGACAACACGGGUACGAGGUUUCGUUAAUGGGACCGACCCCCCCCCCCCCCCCCCCCCCCCUCUUCAAAUUAAGGGUUUUUCGAUAAGGUUAUGUAAUGGGUAGAAAUGGGUUCGUUCAAAAAUUGGUGAGUGACCUUUCUUUACCCGAUUCUUCGCCUUUCGCGAAGCUAUUGGACUCUUGCGUUCGUUCAAAGUCAGGAAUUGACGCGCGUCGUGUUCAUGCUCGAAUUUUUAAGACUCGGUUUUCCUCUGAAAUCUUCAUUCAGAACAGGCUCGUUGAAGCUUAUGGAAAAUGCGGGUCUGUGGAGGACGCACGCAAGGUGUUUGAUCAUAUGCCACAGAGGAACACUUUCAGUUAUAACGCGAUUUUAAGCGUUUUGACGAAGUCCGGUAACCUUAAUGAGGCUCUGAGCGUUUUUAAGUUGAUGCCAGAGCCUGACCAGUGCUCGUGGAAUGCAAUGGUGUCGGGUUUUGCACAGCACGAUCGCUUUGAGGAAGCUUUGAAGUUCUUUCUUGACAUGCAUAUUGAGGAUUUUGUACUUAAUGAGUAUUCGUUUGGCAGUGUUCUUAGUGCUUGUGCUGGGUUGACAGAUUUGAACACGGGGGUUCAAAUUCAUGCUUUGAUAUCGAAGUCUCGCUACUCGUCAGAUGUUUACAUUGGUUCUGCUCUUGUUGAUAUGUACUCUAAGUGUGGGGUGGUGGCUUGUGCUCAAAGGGCUUUUGAUGGCAUGCUUGUGAGGAAUAUAGUUUCUUGGAACAGUUUGAUCACGUGCUAUGAGCAAAAUGGUCCUGCAGGAAAAGCUCUAGAGGUUUUUGUUGGGAUGAUGCAUAGUGGGAUUGAACCUGAUGAGAUUACUCUGGCCAGUGUGGUCAGUGCUUGCGCGAGCUUAUCUGCAAUUAGAGAAGGUUUGCAAAUUCAUGCUCGUGUUAUGAAAUGGGAUAAGUUCCGGAAUGACCUUGUUUUGGGCAAUGCAUUGGUUGAUAUGUAUGCAAAAUGCAGUAGAGUAAAUGAAGCUCGAUUGGUUUUUGAUAGGAUGCCGUUUAGGGACGUGGUGUCUGAAACUUCCAUGGUUAGUGGAUAUGCUAGGGCAGCAAGUGUCAAAGCAGCGAGGUUGAUGUUUUCAAAAAUGAUGGAGAGGAAUGUGGUAUCCUGGAAUGCGCUUAUUGCGGGUUACACACAGAAUGGAGAGAAUGAAGAGGCAGUUAGACUUUUCCUCCUCCUAAAGAGGGAAUCUGUCUGGCCAACCCAUUACACCUUUGGGAAUCUACUUAAUGCAUGUGCAAAUCUCUCUGAUCUGAAGCUUGGUAGACAGGCUCAUACUCACAUUUUGAAGCACGGGUUUUGGUUCCAGUCUGGAGAAGACUCUGAUAUUUUUGUGGGGAAUUCUCUCAUUGACAUGUACAUGAAAUGUGGAUUGGUUGAAGAUGGAUGCCUGGUUUUUGAGCACAUGGUAGAAAGGGAUAUUGUUUCAUGGAAUGCCAUGAUAGUGGGAUAUGCCCAAAAUGGUUAUGGUACCGAGGCCCUUGAAAUUUUCAUGAAAAUGCUGGUAUCUGGAGAAAAACCAGAUCACGUAACUAUGAUAGGAGUUCUAUCUGCAUGUAGCCAUGCAGGACUUGUAGAAGAAGGCCGUCAUUACUUCCAAGCUAUGAGGACUGAGCAUGGCUUAGAACCAAUGAAGGACCAUUAUACAUGCAUGGUUGAUUUACUGGGUCGGUCUGGUUGCCUUGAUGAAGCAAACAGUUUGAUAAAGACAAUGCCAAUGCAGCCUGAUGCUGUUGUCUGGGGAUCUUUACUUGGUGCUUGUAAGGUUCAUGGAAACAUUAUAUUAGGAAAGUAUGUGGCGGAAAAGCUCAUGCAGAUUGAUCCCUCGAAUUCUGGACCGUAUGUUCUUCUUUCAAAUAUGUAUGCAGAGCUUGGUAGAUGGAAAGAUGUGGUGAGAGUCCGGAAACAGAUGCGGCAACAGGGAGUAGUUAAGCAACCAGGUUGCAGUUGGAUUGAGAUUCAGAGUCGUGUGCAUGUUUUCAUGGUGAAAGAUAAAAAGCACCCUCAUAAGAAGGACAUCUAUUUAGUUCUGAAAAUUCUCACAGAACAGAUGAAACGUGCCGGCUACGUUCCAGAAGUUGAUGAUGAUGAGAUUUGUGAGGAGGAAAUUGACUUUGAGCUCAUCUUACCUUGCGAAAUGGAAAUGGAGGACGAUGCUGCAGUCGGAUAAAAUAAAAUUCUUUUGGCUAUUAGCUUUGGCACCCUUCACUACAAAGAUAUUUCGAAGGCUAGAAAUUUGAGAUGAGGGUUCCUCCAAAAUAUUUCUAGGGGAUCUAAGUUAAAUGGAUCAGCUUGUAAGCUGUAGCAGCUGAGCCUUGAACGUACCCCUGGCUUCAUUGCAAUUUGCAACAGAAGUAAAUACUUUCAACCAGCCAACUUUGUUGCAGUUUAAAACAUUGAUUUUAAUUAUAUGCUUAGUUUG